AUGGAUCCUUAAAGUUAGAAAAUACAUAAGGUUUAAGAUAGUGGUUUUGAAUAAAAUCAAAGCAAUGAGACAACUGAAAUGACUUAAAAUAAAGGAGAUAAAAAUGAUAACAAAAAUCUAUUAAAUAGUGAAAUUAAUGAAGAUGUUUCUAUGAAGAAGGAUGAUGUAUAAGCUAAAAAAAAAGAUGAAGAAACAUAGUAAUAAUCGAAAGAUUAGAACUAAAUGUAUAAAAUAAAAGUUUAAACUUAAUUCCUUAAUAAUUAAUCGUCAUAUAUAAACAGUAAUAGCUAAGCAUGUAUUUAAACUCAGUAGAUUGUUAAUCCGUCAACUGAAAAAGGAGGAGAACAAAACAAUUAAAUUCACUAGAUUUUAAAUAAGGAAACAAUAGUUAAAUUACUUAAAAAGAAUGGUUUCAAUUAUUUUAAUGAAAAGUUGUAAUAAGAUGAGAAAUCUCUUCUCCCUUCUCCAUGGGAUUAGCCAGAUGUUUAUUCAGAAUAAAAUAGCUGA